GACUGAAAGUAAUCAAGGGAUUUGGCGGAUGGAUUAACUCUGCGAAAUUCGUCGAGAAAAUCCAGUCCCGUAGAACAAAUUCCAAAAUUUCUCGCCCAAGCUCGUGGGACUGCGGUAUUUAUUGCGUUAGUCCGUUUAUGGUUAGUGUAUCUUGAUAUCUGAUGGAAGGAUGAACGACAUCUUGAUAAUUGACUAGAAUCAAUAACCUCAAGAAAUCCAUCGCACAUUCGCAAUUAUAAAAAUGGUAUGUAUUUUUUUUGGCUCAGUUCCAUUCUCAUUUACUCAGAAACUAAACUAACAAAACCUCAGGGCGGCGGCGGCAAAAUUCCGUAAGUUUUCUACACAAUCUCUCGAGCUUCAACUGCAAUUCCAAAAAACAAUUCUAACUAUCAUAUGCCAGAUAUCCCAAACACGUUUGGUCCCCAGCCGGAGGAUGGUACUCGCAACCCGGUAAUUGGAAAGCGAAUACGGCGAUUAUGAUGACGGUCAUUGUGGGUAUUACAGCUGGCAUGUGGAAAUUGAGCGCGGAGAGGGAAUAUAGAACAAAGUUUCCGGAGGAGGGAAGGUUUUUCCCUAGUCGAUAGUGAGUAUGGCUUUGUUCUUAGUUGAGGGAUAUGGUUGAUAUUGCGAGGAAGGAGGGGGUGAGAAAAUAUGAAAGAGGAGAAUAGACUAACGAAAUUGUAGCUGGAGUAAACAAAUCAAAGAGCACGAAGCAGAGAAGCGGAAGAGCAUUACUGAGCGUGUGAUUGAGAAGGUUGCUGGAAACUGAUUGGAGGAUGGGAAAGAAAUUGUACAUAUUUUGGGCUGUCAUGAAAUAAAUGCAUUCUCAACAUUUGUGAAGGAAGUAUGAUGUUUCCUUUGAUAUGCAGAGGAAUAUGGAAGGAAUCGCAGUGCAAGC